AUGGCACCUUCCCUCUUCCGUCUUGCCUCCCGCAGCUGGCACCGUCACCGCUGCCCCCUUGAGCGCCGCGCCACCAUCGCCCACGAUGCCGUUGUCGGCUUCCCAGAGACUGUCCCCUCGGGCACCGUUGGUAGUCUGUACCUCAAGUACAAGCCGUACCUCAAGGUCGUGAACGGAUGCGUGCCCUUCCCCGCGGUCAAUGCCGCUGGAGAUGUUAGCGGCGGCCUCUCUCCCACUGGCUCCUCCAACGGUGGCUGCUCCUCCAGCACCGGCCAGGUCUACGCCCGCGGCGGCACCUACAACGGCGCCUACGCCAUCAUGUACUCGUACUUCAUGCCCAAGGACGAGCCUUCAGACGGUCUGGGCCACCGCUACGACUGGGAGAAUGUCGUCGUCUGGCUGUCUGCUGCAUCCAACUCCGCUACGGUCUUGGGCGUCGCCGUCUCAGCCCAUGGCAACUACGACACGAAGACGUCCGGCAUCGACUUCACCGGCACCACGCACCCGCGUGUCGGCUACCGUAGCAUCUGGCCCGUCAACCACCAGAUGAUCUUCACUAGCGAUGUUGGCGGUCAGCAGCCCCUGAUUGCGUGGGAGUCGCUGACUACCGCCGCGCGCACCACUCUCGAGAACUUUGACUUUGGCAGCGCCAAUGUGCCCAUGAAGGAGGCCAACUUUGUCAACAACCUCGGCAAGGCUGCGUUGUAA